UUAAGGAGUGUAGUCCCAGGUCUGUAAUUGGGAUGUGGUGUUAUUGAUCUCAUGCUGCGGGUGGCCGAGGAGUGACCGACAGUUUUUGAAGAGUCGCGGCUAGUGGAGCCUAGAAUAACCUCUGAACUGACUGCACCAGUUGUGUCCUACAGGAGAGAAGCGUGGGUUAUGUUAAGCUAUGUGUGCAGAGAUCACAGAACUAGAACUAUCCAGCGACUGUUCGUCGUGAGAUUUAGUUAAUAAUUCUAUGUACUCUCAGUGUGAAGAAUAGAUCUCUUCACUGCACACUGUCGUGCCUUUUCGGAUAUCCCUUUUUAAUACCAAGACGUGAAUAGGCAUAGUCUUGCUAGAAGUGUGAGUGGCGCCUCUGUGUCAUACCUCGACAGUCGUUAGCGGGGCAGUGUUUGCAAACCGGCCAAAGUGGUUUUGCCUUGGCUUGUCAUUGGAGAAUAUCGUGCCUCGGAAGCCCGUGAAAAAAAAUGAAUUCGGUCACAGGCCGACUGCAGCUCACGGUGGCCCGUGCAUGGAGAAUACAGACAACCAGGAACUCGCGUAGGCUCCCUGCCUUCUCACUACACUGUCUCGGCGCCUUGAACACAGACACUUCGCCUGUCAAAACAAGCGCUAGGCUUUAUUGUUGUCGGAUGGAGCACGGGAAGGGAGUACUAUUUAGGCAGUUGUUUGAGUCAUCCAGUAGUACCUACACGUACCUGCUGGCGGAUCCCGACUCAAAAGACGCUGUCCUAAUUGACCCAGUGCUGGAAACAGUGGACAGAGACAUCAAACUCAUCGACGAAUUGGGCCUUAAACUAACAGUAGCAGUGAACACGCACUGUCAUGCAGAUCACAUCACCGGCACAGGACUCCUGAAGAAGAAAGUUUUUGGUCUGAAGAGUGCCAUCUCCAAAUUUAGCGGUGCCACUGCUGACAUCCUGUUGUCCGAGGGAGACAACAUCACAUUUGGGAAACAUUGUCUGACGGUGAGAGAGACUCCUGGACACACAGAUGGCUGUGUGACACUGGUGACGGAGGACCAGAGCAUGGCCUUCACAGGGGACACGCUGCUCAUCAGAGGCUGUGGAAGGACAGACUUCCAGCAAGGGUGUGCAAAGAGGCUGUAUGCGUCUGUCCAUGGGAAGAUUUUCACACUACCCGAUCACUGUCUCAUCUAUCCUGCACAUGAUUACAAAGGUCAAACUGUGUCAACGGUGGAGGAGGAGAAGAAGUACAACCCACGCCUGACCAAAACCUUGGAGGAGUUUGUGGACAUUAUGAACAACCUCAACUUACCCAAGCCCAAAAAAAUAGAUAUCUCAGUGCCUGCGAACCUGGUUUGUGGUCUCCAUGACAUAUGAGUUCACACUCACAGGAUAAAAGGGGCCAUGCCAACUACUGUCUGGAAAGAAGGGCAUUUUUGUUUUUACUAUAAGCAAUCUAUGAAACAUAACACAUUGUUAUUCAACCUGAAUAUCAUAUGCACAUAUGCUGUACAAAUCUGUUUAAAAAAACAAAACUAUUUUUUCACUUGCAUAUUGAUUUACAAAUUUACAAAUGUAUUCUAAGAUAUUUAAUAUAAUGUAUGUCAGACAUACAAGUUUACGUAAAUUCAUACCCAGAGAGCAGAUCAAUACUUUGUUAGAAAAAGUAGUAAAUGAUUAAAGCUUUUUGCUGUUUAAGUAAUUGUA